AGAGAAGGCGCCGCCGCUGAGCGCCAGCGCAUCCGCGUCCACGCAGCCGCCGGCGGGCAGCACCCAGGGCCCUGCAUGCCAGGUCGUCGGAGGUGGCAGCGAGACAUGCAACCGGCCCGGAAGCUCCUCAGCCUCCUCUUCCUCAUCCUGAUGGGCACCGAACUCACUCAAGUGCUGCCCGCCAACCCUGAGGAGAGCUGGCAGGUGUACAGCUCUGCCCAGGACAGCGAGGGCAGGUGCAUCUGCACAGUGGUCGCCCCGCAGCAGACCAUGUGCUCACGAGAUGCCCGCACCAAACAGCUGAGGCAGCUGCUGGAGAAGGUGCAGAACAUGUCUCAGUCCAUCGAGGUCUUGGACAGGCGGACCCAGAGAGACUUACAGUACGUGGAGAAGAUGGAGACCCAGAUGAAAGGGCUGGAGUCCAAGUUCAGGCAGGUGGAGGAGAGCCACAAGCAGCACCUGGCCAGGCAGUUCAAGGCGAUAAAAGCGAAAAUGGAUGACCUUAGGCCUUUGAUACCUGUCUUGGAAGAGUACAAGGCCGAUGCCAAAUUGGUAUUGCAGUUUAAGGAGGAGGUCCAGAAUCUGACGUCAGUGCUUAACGAGCUGCAAGAAGAGAUUGGCGCCUAUGACUACGAUGAACUCCAGAGCAGAGUGUCCAAUCUUGAAGAAAGGCUCCGUGCAUGCAUGCAAAAACUAGCCUGUGGCAAGCUGACGGGCAUUAGUGACCCUGUGACCAUCAAGACCUCUGGCUCAAGAUUUGGGUCCUGGAUGACAGACCCUCUGGCUCCAGAAGGUGACAACAGGGUCUGGUACAUGGACGGUUACCACAACAACCGCUUCGUGCGCGAGUACAAGUCCAUGGCCGACUUCAUGAACACGGACAACUUCACCUCUCACCGCCUGCCGCACCCUUGGUCGGGCACGGGCCAGGUCGUGUACAACGGCUCCAUCUACUUCAACAAGUUCCAGAGCCACAUCAUCAUCAGGUUCGACCUGCGGACCGAGGCCAUCCUGAAGACGCGCAGCCUGGACUACGCCGGCUACAACAACAUGUACCACUACGCCUGGGGUGGCCACUCGGACAUCGACCUCAUGGUGGACGAGAACGGGCUGUGGGCCGUCUAUGCCACCAACCAGAACGCCGGCAACAUCGUCAUCAGCAAGCUGGACCCCACCUCGCUGCAGGUCCUGCAGACCUGGAACACCAGCUACCCCAAACGCAGCGCCGGGGAGGCCUUCAUCAUCUGCGGGACCCUGUACGUCACCAACGGCUACUCGGGGGGCACCAAGGUGCACUACGCCUACCAGACCAACGCCUCGACCUACGAGUACAUCGACAUCCCCUUCCAGAACAAGUACUCCCACAUCUCCAUGCUGGACUACAACCCCAAGGACCGCGCCCUGUACGCCUGGAACAACGGCCACCAGAUCCUCUACAACGUCACCCUCUUCCACGUCAUCCGCUCCGACGAGUUGUAGCUCCCUGCCCGAAGCCCAGGGUCCGGGUCCUCGCCCACCAGGAGACUCCUGUGCACAGCUGCCAAGACGAUACAGUCGCCGUGACCCUGACCUCGGAGGGGCAGCGACCCCGAGGGGCAGCUCUGCCUCCUGCCUCCCGCGCACGCGGCGGCCUUCGGAAGAAACCCCUGGGAUUGCAGCUGGAACUGCAGCUCGAGGCCGCGGCCGCCCCGCCCGUCCCUCUCCGGUCAGAGACCACACUGCAGAAGCAAGGCACUGGCUGUUGGCCACUCCUCACCUGAGACCCCACUGUCAGGGGGGCCGGUGGGGGCGACUGUCCCGCCCUCGACAGCCCCGGGCCGCGCUCGUGGCCGGCCGGACUCACUCCCAUCACGCUGCUGUCGACUGUGUCUGUCUCCUAGGUCACCUGUACCGGGACCCCAAGCCGCUCACGGACCCGCGUCCCGUCCUCACUUCAGCGACGGCCGGGGUGCAGAAUGGGGCUACUCCGCCGCGUCGCUGGAACCCGCGUUCCCGUAGAUAUUUCGUGCCAUGUGUGUCCGUUGUCCCCUUGAGGUGGUGACGUCGUCCGGUUAUGCAGUGAAUGUGGUAAAUGCAAUGCCGUAGUUUGGAUUAAUAGGUGGAUGGUUUUUGUUUCUAAACAUGAAAAAAAAAGAAAAUCAGUGUUCACCCUUGUAGAGACGUAGACGUAGCCCAGUUCGUGUUGGUGAUAACCCGGAACUCUCCUCUCUUGUUAAACGGCCUAACUCACGUGCGCGCCGUGGGAAGGGACUGUGAGGGCGGCGGUGUACGGAAAGGACAUUUUUUAAGUUGGGGGGGAUCUUUGUACUACCCAGUUAUCUAAGGAACAAUAAAACAUUAGGAGAGGUUC